CCCCCCCCCCCCCUAUCACUCUCCUCCCUCACCCUCUCCUCCCUCUCUCUGUGGUUAAACUAGACUUGAUGACCAGUCCUGACCAGAUUCUACUCCCAUCGCAACCCUCUGGAAUCUCUCUCAGCGUUCUGACUCUGGCAGUCUAUUGACCACGUUCAGAUAUUCUCUCCAGGAGAAGACAGGAAGGAAUUAGAAGAAGGGGGAAGUUUGUGAUUUUCUGGACAACUAACGAGUCUCUGCCAUCUCUUUUCUGUAAGGACUGACCUUUCCUUUCAGAAGGAAGGAGCUACGACAUCCAGAAGACAUUUUCAGAACAACACUUUAACACGGAAAGAAGACAUUUUAACGAGGAGGACAUUUUAACACCAACAGAGCAUUUCAACAAAAGAUCAAGACAUUUUUAAAGAUUCUCAAGGACCGUCUCUGUUAAUACAUUUUUUGCAACUCUCUGUUCAUUCACUUCUGUUGGACUCUCUGUCCUGUACAUUUCUCUGAGAGUGUCAGUCGGUCCAUCCAGCCCAGCAAUGCAGGUGUCUAUAGCAUGUACGGACCCCCACAUGAAACGUGGAAAUGGGGACCACAAGAAUACCUCCAGCCCCGGCAAUGCAGCCCGGGCCAAGUUCAGAACUGUGGCCAUCAUAGCACGCAGCUUUGGGGCGUUCGCACCCCGACACCACAUCUCCCUCAAAGAGUCCACGGGGAAACUGACCGGCAUGAAAUACAGGAACCUGGGGAAAUCAGGACUUAGAGUGUCGUGUUUGGGACUGGGUACCUGGGUAACGUUUGGUGGUCAGAUUACAGACGAGGUGGCUGAGCAACUGAUGACCAUGGCGUAUGAGAGUGGAGUCAACCUGUUUGACACAGCGGAGGUGUACGCUGCUGGAAAAGCUGAAGUCAUAUUGGGUAACAUCAUCAAGAAGAAGUGCUGGAGACGAUCAAGUCUGGUCAUCACUACCAAGCUGUACUGGGGAGGAAAAGCAGAGACUGAGAGAGGCCUUUCAAGGAAACACAUUAUUGAAGGUCUGAAGGGCUCCCUCCAGAGGUUGCAGCUGGAAUACGUAGACGUGGUCUUCGCAAACCGCCCCGACACCAACACACCCAUGGAGGAGAUUGUCAGAGCCAUGACUUAUGUGAUCAACCAGGGGAUGUCCAUGUACUGGGGAACUUCUCGAUGGACAGCCAUGGAGAUCAUGGAGGCGUACUCUGUGGCCAGACAGUUUAACCUGAUCCCUCCGGUGUGUGAGCAGGCUGAGUACCAUCUCUUCCAGAGGGAGAAGGUGGAGGUCCAGCUUCCAGAACUCUACCACAAGAUAGGUGUCGGGGCGAUGACGUGGUCUCCGCUGGCCUGUGGCAUCAUCACGGGGAAGUACCAGAACGGCAUCCCAGAAACCUCCAGGGCAUCCAUGAAGUCGUACCAGUGGUUAAAGGAGAAGAUAGUGAGUGAGGAUGGGAGGAAACAGCAAGCGAAGCUGAAGGAGCUGGGACACAUCGCUGAGAAGCUGGGCUGUACUCUCCCACAGCUGGCCGUGGCCUGGUGUUUGAGGAACGAAGGGGUGAGCUCAGUCCUCCUGGGAUCCUCCAGUCCAGAGCAGCUAACAGAGAACCUGGGUUCCAUACAGUUCCUUCCAAAAAUGACGUCUCAUGUGGUGUCGGACAUCGAUCACAUACUGGGGAACAAGCCGUACAGUAAGAAGGAGUAUCGCUCCUAGACACCCAGGAGGAAGCAGAACCACUACUGUACAACCACUGUGGAUCCAGUUCCACCAACCAUCUGGGCUCAGCUCAAUGGGGUGUCAGCUCAGUCUAAUCCCAGCCUAGUUCAGGCCUGCUCUGCUCAGCCCCAGCUUUCUUAGCCCAGUGUAACCAAGCUUAGUUCAGCCUAACCAAGCUCACCCUCUGCCUAGACCAGCUUUCAGCCCAGCUUUCAGCUCAGCUUACUCUUAUCAGUAGAUUCUCUGACUCCUGAGUUUGUUAACCAUGUAGAUGCAUGCUUCCCCUCUCUGGUGUGCCUGGACUUUCUCUUCAUAAGCACAUUAUACAAAACAACACAGAAGGGGGUUAAUACUUAGAAUAUACCGUAAGCUUCUUCUACAAUUCAUUUUGAAAACAAACUCCUCUCUCCAGCCAGUCUACUGUAUUUGACACUUGUUUGACCUUUGCAAAGCAGAGCACCCUGGGACAUUAAGUUUCAAUGUCAGGGGUUUGUUGUCUGCGAGGGGUAGACUGUGCAUGUUGUCGCCCCCCUCUGGUCGUAUAAGGUACUGAUAUGGAAUAUCUUUAAUAGAUUCUCUGCGAGAGAGAUAUGGAAAAUCUCAAUUGCAUUUCCUUGGGAGAAUCUAAAUCGCACACUCCUCGCAUCCUCUCUCCUCGCCUCUUUCGCAAAACCCGUUGGUGGAAAAGAUCAGAGGGGAGGGACCUCUGGGUUUCUCAUCCAAUUGGUUUUGAGGAGGAGGCGAGGAGAGAGGAUGCGAGGAGUCAAGGAAAGGCAACAGACUGGUCUCACAGGUGGUCUCCUGUGCUGUACUGGGUACUGUCUGUUUACAGCCAUAGAGGAUACUCUGAAUUGAACCUGCAUCGUUGAUUGCUGAUGUGAAUCAGGGAUCGCACAAGCAACUCUGUGACACGACCUCCCACCAGACCAAUGUUACCCGCUGGCGUUGCUUGUUUUAGUGAUAAUGCGAAAGUUAGGUGAAGUAUUUAGAGAAAUUAUAAAGGUAUAUAUUUAUUCUAUAAUAGUAUGUGAAAAUACAUUUCUUCUGUGUGUUUUAAAUGUUUUGUCUUUCAAGGGUGUCUCUAUUUUAAACUUCACGGGGAAAACCUUGUAACAUAAACAGAACCAACCUCAAGCCCCCUUUUCAUGCAGAUUCAAAUAAAGCAUUGUCUAAAUAACCUGUAAGUAUUGUGUAAAUAGUGUUCCACUGUUUCUCCUGUCAGCAGAACCAUACAUUCAUGGUCGUUUGGGCCUGAUACCAGUCCUCCUCCGCUCCUGGGUUUUACCCAUUUAGCUUAGGCUACUUUUCUUUCAAAUAGACACAAGGUGGAUUUAACAUUUUGUAAAUAACUCAUUAUGGGAGGAAUGAACAAUGACUUGCUUCGAUGGCUUGGCAGAUGGUUAAGUCCUACCACAGGAGCUGGUUAAGUCCUACCACAGGAGCUGGCUGGCACCUCGCUGGGGCACCUCGCUAGGGCAGCAAGUAGCCUAGUGGUUAGAGUAUCAGGCCAGUAACUGAAAGGAUGCUGGUUCAAAUACCCAAGCCGUCAAGGUGAAACAUCUGUCGAUGUGCUCUUGAGCAAGGCACUUAACCUUAAUUUGCUGGGGGGCUCAUAAUAAUGGCUGGAAUGGUAUUGAACUCCAUGUGUUUGAUUUCACUCUUUUCCAGACAUUAUUAUAAGCCUUCCUCUCCUCAGCAGCCUCCUGUCACACCAUCCUACAGAUUUUGUUUAACCUGUUCAUCAAUAUUUAGUGUUAAGUUCAUGAUAACGUCCAGCCUUCUCGCUUACAGAUGGUUGCUGUGUGUGAUGGUUUACUUACACUUACUGGAAUCAAUCCGUAUCGCAGAAGAUCUGUUAUAGCUCAAUUUAAAUGCAACGUUACUGAAUUCACGGUAACCGCUGCAUUCACGGAGGCUGCAUUCACGGAGCAAUCUGAAUUUACCUUAGGGAUAGGGAUUGAAUCCAGCACUAACAGAGAUCAAUAGUUAAUGAUAGACGUUAGCUAUAUUUCAAUCGGAUGACUCUCCUAUACCUACAGUUGGAAGGUGGCCAGUGAUCAGAUUGGGACCAGCCUUUUCAGUGUGCAGUGAUCCACCCUGCAGAGUGCCUUGACAUGAGCCCUGCUAACGGAACACAGGUGCCCAGCCCCAAAUUAACCCUGUCACCCUCAUCCAUUUAAUGAAAGUAUUGAACAGGUAUAGACGUUAUAAUAGCUCAGAUCUACUCAAGCGCACAGAGUAAAAGGCAAGAGUGGGUUUUGAGAUUUGGGUUUCCUGAGUCUGAGUGUGGCAAUGGGUCUGGUCCCAUUCCCUUGACCCUAUCACCUAGCUCUGAAAGGUCGGUGUGAUCUCUGAACAUAAAGGGCUAGUGCAAGAAGCUAGUGGAUCAAAUGGAACGAGGCCGCCAGGAAUGUCACAUGAACUCCCCCAG